AUGGCGCUGCCUCAGCCGGCCAAGGCCGCCGGCCUCUCACGGCAGUACGCGAACCUCCUCAUUAGCCGCGGCGUGCUCACGCGCCAGUUCAUGGUCCUGGUGGACCUGGAGGAGCGGCAGCACAACUGGGGCUUCGUCUCCGAGCUGGUGGACAUGUACCUGUCCGACUCGGCGGCGCGGAUGCGGCAGAUCAGCGGGCAGCUGCUCUCACCCAGCCCCGACUUCGCGGAGCUGGAGCGGCUGUCCAUCAAGUUUUCGGGCAGCAGCGCCACCUUCGGCGCGCGGGGCGUGUGCGAGCUGCUGGCCAAGCUCAUCGGCUGGGCGCGGACGGGCGACCGCGAGCGCUGCGCAGGCGUCGUGGGGCGGCUGUGGGCGGAGAUGCAGGCGCUGGAGCCCGUGCUGGCGCUGUUCGUGCGAUUCGACGCGGUCAGGAGGGCGCCCGCGCAGGCGGCGGCGGCGGCCAGGGAGCUCGGGCCGGCCGCAGUGGUUGGGCUGUGA